CAGCCACACGAUUGCUCCAUUCCCAAUCCUACGGCUCCCGUGUGGUUACUGACCCUAUCUUGGACCCAAAUUUGGGUGCCUGACCGCCUCGCCCUCUUUUGCCCUAACUAUUUACUGACCGCAAGUCCGCAAGCAACACAACAAACACGGGGGAGAAACGGAGGUGUCAAAUUCCAACGCCGUACAAAGCACGACGACGGGGAAACGGAUGGCUAUCACUGUCGGGCGGUGAGGGAGGGAGCGUUACAAGUACAGUCGUCUGUCACUCCAUUUCGAGUCCGGUUUCCUUUUCUCCCCGUUUUGCCCGGCUCUCUGGUGCCGCCGAGUUCAUAUAGAGCCGCGAGAAUGGCCCACGGCGGCUAUGGCAAGCGCAGGGUUGCUGGCCGCCAGCCUUCCGUCGGCCGUCGGUCGAAAAUAAUCGACAAAAAAGGCAAGUCGAAGUCCGUCUCCCUCAAGAACCAGAUUCGUUCCGUGGAGCGCAUGCUCCGUAAGCAAUUGACGCCGGAGGUCAGGGAGGCGCAAGAGAAGAAGUUGGAAGGGCUGAAGAAUCAGCAGGAUCUCCACACUCGAUUGGCUCUUGAGCGCAAAAUAUUCUUGCGAGACAGGAAGAUCAAGUUCUUUGAGAGGAGAAAGGUUGAAAGAAGAAUCAGACGAUUGGAGAGGCAACAGCGAGCUUCUUCCGGCCAGGCACAAGAUCCCCAGGCUGCUGAGCAGCUUUCUAAGUUGAAAGAAGAUCUUGAAUACGUUAGAUUCUUCCCCAAGACCGAGAAAUAUGUGUCUUUGUUUUCUGGAGGUGAUGAUUCAGAGGUCAUUGACAAGAGAAAUGGGUUGCGGAAGCAGAUUAAAGCCAACCUAAUCGCUGCUGCAGCCAGUGGGAAAGACCUUGAAGAGACUGGAAGUGAGGAUGAUGGGUUGUUGGAUCUCAGCGAGGACGAUUUCUUCCUAGCUGGAAGCUCAAGUGACGAAGCAGAUGCAGAUGAUGAGUGGACAGACAAAAGCACGAGAGAACAGGCUUCGAGUACUUCUGGUAAAGCUGCAUCUGGUAUGUCAAGCGAUGAAAAGAAUCAGAGGGAUAUAUCUGCUAGAGCUCUGAUGCCUCCUCCUAGGCCUUCACGCAAUUCCGCAGGUGGUUCCAACACAGUCCAUGGGAGAUCGAGGUUUGGAGCAUUAUCAAGUAAAGAUUCGUGGAGACAGAGGGCUGAAAUAUCUACUACAUCCAGUAACACUUCAAGCAGCAGCAGAAGUGGGCCGUCUUCUUUGAAACCCAGUGGCGGUGGAGGCUUUUCAAAUGGAAGGAAUGGAAAUGGCACUGGCCAGAGCAGUAAUGUUAGUUCUGGCUCUGAUGCUCAUAAGCCACGCAGGAAGAGGAAGAGAAGAAAGAAGAAGCAACAGGCUUAAGUAACUUAUGGGUUGCUCGAUCGAAGAAGACGAACGUUGUGCAUGUACUUUGGUACGUCAAACCAUUUUUUUGGCAGCUGCAGGCUGCAGCUUCAUACAUGUGUUGUAAACCGUCGGACACUUGCUCCUAUCAAACAGUCUCUUGUUGUGCUUGAAUCAUCGUUUAACGUUGUAUCUAGUGGUUGGUUUCCUUUCGACGCAGUCUGCUCUGCUCACUGCCUUGACCCUUUCCUCGUCGUCGUAGUCCUUCCUUCACCUCUCUGCCAAUUCGGCCAAAGCUCGCAAAUAAGGAUGUGUCUGUUAUUGCGUCAUAUCUGAUUUUGCUAGUAGUUGGCUACUUGAAGACGGAGAAUCCGCACCGCCCUCCAGUGAAGAGUUAGGGUUUUAAGUUAUAACUGGUUUCGACUUUGGACCCUGGGGGACGGGGUAACAAUGGUGACAUACUGACAUUGUUACUAGUUAACCACUAGAUCAAGGCCCGCAUGCAUUUCGUAAAUAGCAUAAAUAACAAUAACAAUU